ACAUGUGGGAGCCUCUGUGUGUUGUUGUGGUGCUCUGGCUGGCCUCUCUCACUCAGUCAGGCUUCAGCUGUAGUGGUGAGAGGAGCGAGCUUCCUCACGCCUCACACUGACUGAGCCUCAACGCAAUCUACUUUCCAGUCACCCCGGUUCCUCGUUCCCAGGAAAGCCAAGAAGUUUCUCUGUAUCUCAGUGUUCCGCGGGAGUUUCAGUUCGAGAGUUCCCGUGACAGCGAAGUUCGUUACGUAGCGCUGUGGUUGAACUUUUGAGCGUUUAGAACAACAGGGCCUUGUGUGGUGGGGAGCAACAGGUUAGCCCAACGGCACCUACUUCCACGCCUGCUGCCACUCCUUCACCGACACACAGAUAGAAUUAAUAAGAGGAGACCCCCCCGACGCCGGCACGAUGGAGGGGCCCGCGAGGACCACCGUGUGCCAGGCAUCAUGAGUGCCAUCCCGCUGCUGCUACAGUGUCCUCAGACCCCAACGUCCCAGUCGCCCAUCCACCCACCCCUGUCGCGCCGCCCCUCACACCCCUCCAGACUCAACAACCGCAACUCCUUCCCGCCGGACCAGAGUCAAGAGUCCCGCUGGGCCACCCUCCUCACCAGGGCCACCCCGGCUCGUCCGUACGGCGCCUGUAACCCGGCACCCGCGCCUGACGCCGUUCCUGCCACUGCCCCCGCCCCCGCCCCAACCAAGACCCAGUCCCUCUUCGGCCAGCAGGUGGCGCCCGCCCCCACCCACCAGACCACCUCAGCCCCGAGGCCCUCCCCCACCGGCACCCAGCCCCCUUCCACCACCCAGCAGUCCCGCCCCUUCUCCUCUCGCCCCCUGGUACCCACUGUGUCCUUCAACAGGGCGCUCACAUCCCCCACAGCCAUCAAACUCUUCAAUCCGUCUCGCCGCCUCAACAAGACCCAGUCGCAGCUCAUCAUGCCGCGUAUGAAGUCACUCAUCAGGGCGGGCCAAGGCUCCCGCAAGGAGAAGAAAGUCUCCCGCGAAGGGUCGCUGCGGAGCCUUGCCAACUAUGACGAGGCCACCUCCCCCGAGCCUCUCAUCCGCAAGUCCAACACGGUGCUGGCACUGUCCUCUACCACGGGGACCACGGCCCAAACCAAGCUGGUCAAGGAGCCCAAGAGCAGCAAAUUCAACAUCCUGAGGCGCAUGACGUCCUCCAAAUCUGCGGUGUUCAACACCACCAAGCUCACCAUCCCUAAGUCGCCCUCCGCCAUGCCUGACCUGCGGCGGAUUCGAAAGGACUCCAGCAUGCAGUUCACGCAGGCGGACCACGACGGCGAGGGCGGCGUGUGUUCUCGCUGCACCUCCACGGCCUCCUUCGCCUCCAAGAGCUACGCGGCGGGCAUGGCGCAGGACACGGUGUUCUGCAAGCUGUGCCUCUCUGACGUGCCCAUUGGGGAAAUGUACCAGCUACAGCAGUGCAUGUGCCGAUUCUGCAAAUAUUGCAUGGCCGUGUACGCGGCGCUCAAGAUCCGUGAGGGAGACUACACGAUCGAGUGCCCGGACGCCAACUGUGACUGUAGCGGCGAACUGACCCUGGAGGAGAUGGAGACUCUGGUGGCCAGCAAACUGUACCAGCUACACCUCAAGUUCCGCAAAAACACAGAGGUGGUCCUGGACCCCGUGAGGGUGUGGUGCCCCUUGGCUGGCUGUGAGACAGUGGUCAACCUGCCCAUGUCCAAGCUGGAGGGCCCCCAGUGCACCACCUGCCCCACCUGCACCACAGUGUUCUGCGCCGCCUGCUGCGAGCCGUGGCACCCCAGCCAGGCCUGCCACGCGGACACUGCGGAAGCCCUGGUGAGUGCGGCAGUGCCCAUUGACGACACCAUAAAGCGGUGCCCGUCGUGUAAGGUCCUCAUUGAGCGUGACGCAGGCUGUGCCCAGAUGUUGUGCAAGCGGUGCAAGCACGUGUUCUGCUGGUACUGCUUAACCUCCCUCGAUGACGACUUUCUGCUGCGCCACUACGACAAGGGGCCCUGCAAGAACAAGCUGGGUCAUAGUCGAGCGUCCGUCCUGUGGCACCGCGCACAGGUCAUCGGCAUCUUCGCUGGAUUCGGUCUCCUGCUGGUGGUGGCCUCCCCUCUCCUCUUGUUCGUGGGGCCCUGCUUACUGUGCUGCAAGUGUAAGCCAUGCUCCAGGCACAAGAUUGAGGAGGACAGUUUAUACGGCAUCUGAGAGGAGGCCGAGAGUAGCAGCAGCAGCAGCAGCAGUGGUAGCAGUGUAUGAAACCAAAGAUGAAGGCUAGGAGGAGGCCAGUGAGCGGCGAGGUGUGGGUGAUGACACACCCCCCUGAGGAACGCCGGUGCGGAACAUUGCUUGAAGGGGAAGUGUUUAUCGUCUUUCAGUGUCUCGAGAAUAAUCAAAUGCAUGGAAGCUACUCGUAUACACGCUACGUACUGUACAGCGACGGUCAGAAGUGAGGUCACGGAUCUCUUGAAGGAACACAAAAGAAACAAAAAUUAAGAAAAAAGCAGCAAACCAGUUAUUACUUUUGAUACUGUGUGCUGUACACUAUCUAAUAUGAAACAAGAGAUGUAGGAUAGCAAAAGAAAAAAAAGUUCCUCAAAACAGAAGAAAAAAACACCGAUACUUAGUGAAUCAAAUGAAAAAAAAAGACAUUGAAAGCUUUUGAGAUCCAUGACAUAACUUUUGGCGGGAACUGUACACAAGAGCAUCUAUAUACAGAAAAAAAACCGAGCCAAAAUAUCAUACAACGGCUCUGCUUCUUUUAGCUUGUACUCUUAUGACGAUGCUCACUUGUUUCCGUGUGAUGCCCUUGCACGGUGUAAGUUAAGGGUCACGCUGGUCACGCUGCAGGAAGGCGUGACUCGUACCAUGGUGACUCACAGGGCACCAAAACAAGUAAUCUCACCAGUAUAGAAAAUUUGAAGUCGCUCUGUUACUAGUGUUCACCUCACCGUUAUGAAACAAACACCUCAUGACCGCUCUGCAAGUGUCGUGUGAGUGAGAGCGGUGAGUGAAGCAGUGAAGCCUCGAAGCAUGGAUUAUGAAGCUUCGAGCAGCGUUCAGACGGGUUACUCACUACUACACGAGAUGCUUCAGUGAGGAGGGAAUGUGGGAUCUUUCUGUGAUCCUGCCAGGGAUAUCUGCCUCACAUCCUUCACUAUAAUGGGUAGAAGGGGCAGACCAUCACCACCCCCCCAUCACCUCCCAUCACCCCAUCACCCCCACCACCGCCUCCCGGAGAGCCGAACCAAGCAAGCAAUCUCGCGCAAACCUUUUCAUUUUUCGGCAUGUCUGCUUCUGUAUAUGAGCUUCUGUGUAUGUAUGUUAUGGUAUACAUACAUGCGUACAUAUACAUACACGUGCACCUCUUGUUUUUUUGUUUUUUCCUUGGCAUAUUUCGCUCUUAUUCCAAACAUACACACUCUUGUAUUAUAUAAUUUCGUUUCGUUUCUUGUUCAUUUCAUGCGAAGAAUGAUAGAUAAAGAUGUUCACAGUGACAUGAUGAUGAUGAUGAUGAUGAUGAUGAUGAUGAUGAUGAUGCUAACAAUGGUGGCAGUGAUAGGACAGAAACAAAAGGAAAGGAUAAAAGCUGUAAAAACAAAAACAAAAAAAAACAAAAAAAAAUCUGAUUCCCCACCAUUACUACCACACUUAUCUACUGCAUACACUUACCUCCCCUUUUAUCAUUUCCCUUGUAAGUAUUCUUUAAUUAUACGUAUAUUAUGAUGCACAAUAUAGUGAAAAGUAACUGUGAUGCUUUGUAGCCUAAAAAUAACGCCACUUUCUGGGUAUUCACACACAGAAUGUAUGUACGUAAAGGUAGACCAUGUGUUUAGUGUGCACUUCGCUGCCUUGUGUGUGUGUGUGUGUGUGUGUGUGUGUGUAUGGUGAGGAAGAAAGGAAGAGUAAAAGAAAAAACUAGGGAAAGAGGAGUGGGUAAUGGGACUGUGUGUGUGUGUGUGUGUGGUUAAGGAGUGUUAGUGAAAAAAAAAAAAGGUUCAAAGCGAAAGAGAAAAAUAUCAAUGUAGAAAGAAAAAUUUGAAUAUUAGAGAAAAAAGUAUAAGAAAAAAAGAUUUGAGUCAACUGAAGAAGGAAGAGAGGAAGACCUGGCGUGUAGGAACCAAAGACCUGUGUGUGUGUGUGUGUGUGUGUGUGUGUGUGUGGAAGACUAUAAACUCUGUAGAUAUGAACUAAUAGGCUAAUUGGGAAGAAGGAGGGUGACAAUGGGACUGAAUGAAGCAACAGGCUCAAUCAGGAAUAUACACUUCUAUUUUUUAUUACCAAAUCCCACUGAUAAGGUUAAGCUCCCGCGGGGGUAAUAAUCACAAAAGAUAUACUACUCCUACUCCUACUACUACUACUAUUACUACUACUACUACUACUACACCUUUUUGGAUAUGUUGAUGAGAAAUACAUAAAGAAAACACCCAAAUA